UGCCUCCUGCAUGCCCCACACUGAGGAUGGAGCCUACAACCCAGGCAUAGGCCCUGACCGGGAUCGAACCGUGACCUCCUGGUUCAUAGGUUGAUGCUCAACCACUGAGCCAUGCCAACCGGGCAGAAGGCAGAUAGAUGAUUUGGAGAUGCUAUUUGUUUUUCUGGACCAGUCUAGCUACUGGCAGACAUGGAAUUCCGCUCUCAGUUGACAAAUUAUAUCUUCCUUAGUUACACAAUUUAAGAAUUACAGUUACUAUUGUUAAUCAUUUCUGUCCUUUUGCUUCCUUAAAUCUGCAGAGCCAAUAUCAAGUCCCUAGUAUACCCCUUAUGGUAAAAUGUAUAUCAUCAUAGAGGGGACUGGGACCACCAUUGUUUGCAGUUCCUGAAAGUAUUUCAAGGCACAAAUUCAGGUGUCGGCGGGAGCAAUGGAAGAUCACAAGGAAGAAGAGAUGUUAGACAUUCUUCGACUGAACGUGGGUGGCUGUAUUUACACAGCCAGGCGAGAGUCCUUGUGCCGAUUUAAAGACUCCAUGUUGGCUUCCAUGUUCAGUGGUCGUUUUCCUCUAAAAACAGAUGAGUCAGGGGCUUGUGUUAUUGACCGCGAUGGACACCUGUUUAAAUACCUUUUGGAUUACCUCCAUGGAGAAGUUCACAUCCCCACAGACGAGCAAACCCGAGCCGCCCUACAGGAAGAGGCGGAUUACUUUGGCAUCCCUUAUCCGUACAGCCUGUCUGACCACUUGGCCAAUGAAAUGGAGACAUAUUCUUUAAGGUCAAAUAUAGAACUUAAAAAGGCUUUAACAGACUUCUGUGAUUCAUAUGGUUUAGUUUGCAACAAACCAACAGUUUGGGUUCUCCACUAUCUUAACACAUCCGGUGCAAGCUGUGAGAGUAGAAUUAUUGGUGUAUACGCCACAAAAACGGAUGGAACCGAUGUUAUUGAUAAGCAGCUGGGAGGAAGAAUUCACAGUAAAAGCAUUUUUAAAAGAGAGGCGGGCAAUAAUGUUCAGUACAUCUGGAGCUAUUACUCGGCAGCAGAACUGAAGAAAAUGAUGGAUGCCUUUGAUGCCUGGGAAGGAAAAGGCGUCAGCUACUGGCGGGUGCCCCACGAGCUGAUAGAGUGCUGGACCCUGGAGGAGCGGCCUUUGCUGGGGAGCCUGCGCCACAUGGCUCCGAUUCGGAAGAGGAGGCUGAUGGCAUUGGAUGAAGGGGAGGAAGGCGUGAACUGUAAGGCUGGUCCUAAACCUGUCAGGUUUUCGGGCCCUUCCACCAGCACCCAAAUCAAGGUCAAGAACUCGGCUUCAGUCCGGGUGUCCCCGUCUCCAGGUGGAAUGCCAGCUCAGCACUCUGCACUGUCUAAGGCCCUGUCCCUGGUGGGCACGGAGGUGCCUGGGCACUCCCCAUCGCAUGGGCCCGGCGGUCCUGAAAAUGGGGCCACAUCGCCCCCUCCAGCCAAGGUUCUGUUGUGCGACAAGAAGGCCACCCCACCCCGGGUGAUAAAGCUGAAGCGGACUCCACUGUGUGCCACGGGGCCUCCCCCGCCCACCUGCCCAGCAGCGAGCCCCGCGGGGGCCCCGCCACCCCAAGCGCCCACCUUGGAUGUGCGGACUGAGAACAGGCAGGACAAGACCGAUUGAAGGGAGCGCUGGGCUCCAGACGCCCUGUUGGCCUCCCAGGGCUGCCACCCGGUGAUGCACACAAGUGACACUGUCGAUGCAGUAGAGGUGACAGUGUCAUGUUUGCAUUCAGGGUAAUUAUGGGGAAAGGAAAUUGCUACAUAAGAGUGGAGGAGGGGAGACUUUAGGUGGUUGGGACUACAGUUCCUUCUCAUUUUCCCAACUUUUAAAUGAUUACUUGUCUACAGACAGUUUGAAUUUCCGGUUUUUACUGUUUUUUUAAUGGUUGGUUGGUAUUAGGGCGACAAACCAGUACAGCAUCAUCACUAGAGAAGUUUACUUUGUUGCUGAAAUAAUUGUAGGCUGUAGGCACUUUGUAAUGUUUGUCAUAGCAGCCCAGGGGUAGGAGUGAGUCUGGCUGAGGUCCUCCUGCCUUGGACCAGCGAGGGUGCUGCAGGGCUCCCUGGUGGUAGCACAGCCCAGAGAGGCGGAGAGAACGCACAUCAGGGGAACUUGCCCCAAGUUACUCUCAGUCUCAGAGGCGACAUGAGAAGAAAGAUGAGGAGGGGCAGAAGAUAGAGACCACACUUUGACGUUCAUUUAAUUAAACUGUUUUCUUUUCCAGAUUGGCUUUUCUUUUUACUUAUUUCCUUUUUUAAUUUAGAGACACACACACACACACACACACACACACACGUCAAUUCGUUGUUCCACUUAUUUAUGCAUUCAUUAGUUAAUUCCUGUAUGUGCCCUGAUGGGAUCAAACCCGCAACCUUGACGUAUAGGGACAACGCUCUAACCAACCUAGCUACCCAGCCAGGACCUAGGUUGGCUUUUUUUACUUUUUUCCAUUAGCAGAUGUAUUUGUGCAUCACAAGAAGGCUUCUUGGAAUAAAAACUACAUAGCAUAGUUUUUGAAAAUGCUUUGAAAAAGAGAAGUUAACAGUUUAACUUUCUAACUAAAGUUAAGUUUUGUUUUCCAGAACUGACCAUUGAAGAGUCAUUCUGGUGACACAGUAUGAUCUUUAUGCAUAAAAGAUCCACAUAACUUGAAUUUAAUGUUUUUAAGCAGAAUCUUUUGAUUAAUCCUCUAUUUUUCACAGCUGUUCAGUCUUGUGUGUUUACUCCUACAUGUUGUGUCUUGCAAUUGGGUCACAUAUGGCUGCUUCAGUGAGCAGUGUGCCUGCCAUUGGUGUGUUAACAAUAAGUUCAUAAAAGCAGGGUACUUUCUCCUCAGUGCUUCUUGUGGUUGCAUUGUUUUUGAAAGAGUAAAGUAACUAUUCAAAACAUUAUUUUUUACAAAAUAAAGUAAAACUUUUCCAUAAAACGUGA